AUGGAGACGAGCUUGCGUUACGACACCACCUCGCGUUCGCUUUCGCUCUUCGCCAAGGAAAGAUUCACGAAUUCGGAAGACGUCGUUCUCACGGUUUCUGGGAGUCUAGACACUCGCGAUGGGCGCAUGGACGGUAAAGCACACGUGCGCAAACGACUUUUCUCCCCGGCGAAGUCCUCGCCGCUCGUACCCGAUCGCGCGGACAUCGGAUUGACGUACGAGACGAAGCUGGACGACGUGCGCUACGGCGCGCGGGCGCGCAAAACCGUGGACGUGUCGCCGUCGAAGGAUGGGAUGAGCACGGUGACAUUGAGAGGCGGGGUAUCGUACGGGGUGAAACGUUCUAAGCCCUUGAUCGAGGGUACGAUAGAACUCACGCACAAGGUGUUCAACUUUCAAGAGGACCAAGACUUGCGCUUGCGUGUCGGGUACGAUUUGGUGAAGCGGGAACCGUACGCACAUAUUCGCGAAAACAACUGGAGUUUCAAGACUGAUUUCCAAAAGAGUUGGAGCGUGUACUAUGACUUGUAG